AUGAACCCAGUGGGUGUCCACGGAGGUGCUGAUGAUCACUGCGGUCCCGUAUGCGACGGGACAAAGCGACAGGCUCGGGAGAGAGCGGCAUACACGGACCCGGCUAUGCUGCAUGAUAAUCGUCUGGGGAAAAAAGAGAGUGUCAUUAUCCGCUCAUUAUUGUCUCUCCUUGAGAUCGGCGGCAAACUGCAGCUCCUCUUCUGUGUCUCUGAGGCACCAGCCCGACCGGAUCGAGGUCAACACCCGUGUGCCAGUGUACCCGCAGCCAGCCCGGCGUUGAGACCCAUACACCCAGCCAGGGAUUUCUCUAGUGACGGGUAG